AGUAAACAUAAUUCUUUCGAUGAAGGGCUAACUCUUUGACCAUCUUUCACGAAAAUGAGUGUCGAUAAACCGUGUUUCACCUUGUUAGUCUGCUUCUUCCCUUGGUGGACCGGCAAGAAAAAGUAUAUUAGGGACAACACUGAGGAAUAUGAAAGCAAUGAUGACCAAAGCAAUGUCGUUGACGCGGGUGGUAGAGACUUCGCUGCUGUGAAUGGUUAUGAAAACCAAAACCUACACUGGUACAAAAAUAAAGAGGAGAAUAACAAGGGCGAGGGCGAGGAUGAUGGAGAUGAUUAUAAAGGAGACGAUGAAGAUGACGAUGACGAUGACGAUGACGAUGACGAUGACGGUGACGGUGACGGUGACGGUGACGGUGAGACACUCGAGUAUGUUGAAUUUGUUGAACACAAUGAGGAAGGCGAUGACGAUCACGAGGUUCAGGUUGCGGAACUUAUCCCACUCGAGGUUGUUGUGGUUGUUGAACAUGACAAGAAAGAUGACGAUGAUGACGAGGUCCAGGCUGUGCUCUCCCCCCACAGACGCAAUCGCCGGAGUGAGAAAGGUCGUACACGUAGAACUAUAGAGUACAGUAAAGGAACUAUUAUCAGAAAGAAGUUUGAUGAUGGGAACCAUUACGAUGGUGAAAUCAUAUCAUAUGAUAAAGAAAAGGGCUGGUACAAGAUCAUGUACGAAGAUGGAGAUGGUGAAGAAAUGUCUCACGAUGAUGUCACAAAAUAUUACAAACACUUCCAAAGUUACGAAGGUUAAUAGAUUGAUUAACUUAGAUGGUUCUUCGUUUGUUUCUUGGCAGUUGAAUUUUUUUGCAUGUUGUGUGUACUGCAACGUGAAAUUAAUGUUUUUUGGUGUA